GCGCUGCUAGAAAGAUAGUUUUGGGUGAAAUUGUUUAAGUUGUGUUGGUCACGUUAGUAAUCAUAAACAUAAAGCAGGCCUAUAAAAUUGACUAAGGAUUAUUACCCAUUAACAAGGUUAUAGAUGUUAAUGAAAAAUAUUUUAAGAAUCACUGGUGUAAAAAUUCGUUGUAUCGAUUAUAUAGUCAAUAAAGAUUAUUAUUAUUAUAUCAAGUUUUAUGAAUUCCAAACUUCAUUUACUAAAUAGUUUAAUUAUUUUCAGUUUCACGAAGGGAAAGCUCAUUACCUACACGACGAUUUGACGAAAUAUCAAGAUCAAAAUGAAAAGAAUAAAACACCACACGACAUCGUCACUGAAGACAUGUUCAGAAGGUAUACAGAGACAGAUUCGAGACCACACACUCCUGCGCCUACGCUUGCUAGUGGUAAAUCUAGGGGUUCUCGAAGAUGUCUCACUCCAGACCAACCCCAUCAGAGGACUGCUAUUGUUCUGGACUUACGAAGAAGUCACAGUCAGGAAACCCUAUAUUACCACGCCACAUCUGAUAUGACAGCAGGGCAUGCGACCAACGUAACCAACGACCGUUCUACGUUACCCUCUUUAAACUUAUCGGAAGGUGCUCAUAAUCGCCUUGCUAAAGGCCAGUGCGAGCAACUACCACCUCUAGCGUCUCCUCUAGUCUUGAGCCAGAGAGCACAGCCAGUCAAGGACACAUUGAGUGUGAAAGCACCUAAAAAGACACAAUUGAAGGCGCUCAAUUUGGGGAAAACAAUAAAAAAGAGUAAUAAGAACGACACUCCUGUCUCUCAUCGUUCUAAAACUGAAAAUGAUGCUAACGACGAAGGAGAAUCUAUCAUGGUCAAUGGUGAUGACGGAGGCGGUGAAGGCAGAAGACGAGGUAAACGGAGACGCAAGGGUCGGCAAGGCAGCGACCGCUUGACGUCUGCUGGACUCGCCGCGCAGACCCAACAAGAUCCGGAGACGCAGAUUGCCGGAAUCGGUACUGACUCGCACAAUCCAAGUUCCCGCGGCUCGAUCGCGGUCGUGCCCGACGAUGAUGUCAUAAUACUACCAGUCAUUAAGACGCCCGGCGCAGGCGCUAAGAAAACUGACUCCUUCCUGGACGACGACAUCCUCAAGUACCUGCACAGAGAGGUCGACGAGGAGGCUAUCGAAACUGAAUUUGAUACCAAGAGGCGGUACGUGUUAGAAGAGGCGUGGCGCACCCGUCCGGAGCGUCCGCACGGCCGCGAGAUGCAGGCGCUACUGCGGGAGGUGCACGUGCCGGCCGUCAGCCUCGGCGACUGGCUGCACACGCCGCGAGUGUUCUCGCGACAGAACGCACAGUUCUCGCUGCCCAUCGACACUGCCGCUUUACAGACCCUAACCCCAAUGAACUACGCGGCGAGAUUCGUUACGAUAAAGAAGUCCAAGCAGUUGCUGUAUCUUACCGUUUUGAGGAAGUUCAGGGAACGUGGAUAUCGUAUGCCCAUAAAGGAUAUAGAAGAAGGUCUUAAGUUAAUGAUGGGUGGCAUCCUCAGCGAUGCACACGUGACUCAGUUCAGGAGUAUAAUGGAGUGGGAAGGUUAUAUCGAGGAGGAGAGCAUACCAGAUGAUAUCAAGCUCACCAUACAGGACAGUGGAUUUAGGAAACCUAUCAACGGCGCUGGAGACAAUGGAGAAUCUAAUGAAGAUACGAUGAAAUUUCGCACAUGGUGCGGCUUAUGCGCCAUUUGUGAAAGGAUGUAUGGACGAUUUCCACCCAGGGAGAAAGACCCACCUGAUGGGAUUGAGCUGAGUGAUUUCACCAUGGUAGAAACAAAGUUGAUCAUGCUAAAAGUACACAGAGGUCUCGUAGAUAUUUUGAAUGUUAUAAGAGAAAGAUAAUUUUACUACAUAUUUACUUACUUAGAAUAUUUUUAUAAUAAAUAUUUAUUACUGAUUUUAUUUUGCAUUUCAUUUCUUGUUCCUUGUCCAUAAUACAUAGUUUUAAAAGCAUUAUCGUUUUUAGAAUUUUUAUUCACAAAAUUUAUAAAACAAGUAUUUCCAAAAAAUAC